AUGGCCUCAAAUAUCCUCCAGAUUCCCUUCCGCCGCUCGCACACUGUCUCCCUCUCGACCGCCUUGACCCAAUACAUUUCCACCAAAUAUGACCAGCGCCCUGACAUGUUUGCAGAUGACUUGCUCAUUAUCGAUCGGUUACGAAAUGAGGCCAUAAACGUGCAGGAACCACAUGUCAGCGGAAUCAGCCGGCUGGUUACUUACGCCGCGCAACUGAAAUGGCUUGGGGGAAAGUUUCCAGUUGAUGUCGGGGUCGAGUUCCCCUGGUAUCCUGCUUUUGGGUUCAACACAAGUCGGCCAGUCUCACAGGAUAACAUCCGCUUCGAGCUGGCAAACGUCAUCUUCAACCUCGCCGCACUCUACUCCCAGCUCGCCUUCGCCGUAAACCGCACAACAACCGACGGUCUCAAGCAAGCAUGCAACUAUUUCUGCCAGGCAGCCGGUAUCCUAGCACACCUCCGAACAGACAUCGUCCCUGACAUGCGCUCCGCCCCGCCGGAAGACAUGGACGAGAUGACCCUCCGAAGCCUGGAAGAGCUGCUCCUCGCACAAGCUCAGGAAUGUUUCUGGCAGAAGGCCGUGAUGGAUGGGCUAAAGGAUGCAUCAAUUGCACGACUCGCGGGCCAAGUGUCGGACUUUUAUGGCGAUGCGUGCGAUCACGCCGUCAAGUCGAAUGCGAUCAGCCCCGAAUGGAUCCACCAUAUGACGGCGAAACAGCAUCAUUUUGCAGCUGCAGCGCAGUAUCGCCAGUCGCUGGAUUGCCUGGAGAAGCGCAAGUAUGGAGAGGAGGUGGCACGGUUACGGGACGCUGUGGCUUGUGUGAAUGAAGCGCUCAAAGAGAGCCGGUGGAUCAAUCGCACGGUGCUGGGUGAUUUGCAGGGGUUAAAGAAUAGAGUAACGGAGGAUUUGAAGCGCGCCGAGAAGGACAACGAUAUGAUUUAUCUCAACCCCGUGCCGCCCAAGUCGGAGCUCAAGCUUAUUGAUCGGGCGUGUAUGGUUGCGGCUAAGGCGCCGUCGCAGGUCACGGACGCAAUCUCGAUGCUGGGGGAAAAAGGGCCGUUGGGACAGCCGCUCUUUUCGAAGCUCGUCCCGUAUGCCGUGCACAUUGCGGCGAGCAUUUACUCGGACAGGAGAGACCGUCUUGUCAAUGAGCGGAUUAUCGGCGAAUUGGAGAACAUGACGGACAAGCUACGCGAUCUACUAUCAUCGCUCAAUCUCCCCGGCUCGCUGCAAGCCCUUGAGAAGCCCCUGGGCCUGCCGCCAUCACUGGUCGCCCAUGCCGAAGAAAUGCGUCAACAAGACGGCCUCAACCGCCUCCGCAAGUCCCUUCUCGACAUCGCCAAAGUCAAAUCCAACGACCGCGCCGUCUAUACCGAAGGCGUGGAACUCCUCGCCGCUGAAAAAGCUGAGGACGACGCUUCGCGCCGGAAAUUUGGCACCGACCGCUGGACGCGCGAGGCCUCUGAAGCCGCCGCUCCUAAACUCUACACCACCGCCCGGGAAAUCGACGGCUACUUCACCUCAGCGCAGAGCAGUGACAACCUGGUUGAGCAGAAACUGCACGACUCGGAAGCUGUCUUUCGCGUUUUGACCGGCACGAAUCGCGACCUUGAGGCUUUUGUCCCAAGUAGUCGACGCGCAACGAUACCGCCUGAAGUCGAACGCGAGGUGAGUCGGCUCCGCAGCUGCAUCAGCGAAGUAAAUCGACUCGAAAGCCGGCGAAAGCGCAAGGCUCAGGCCGUCAAGGACAAAGCGCGCGCGGACGACAUCAGUUCUGCACUUGUCCGCGAGGCAGCACGUUUAGAGCGCGAGUUCCCAAUGCAGGCUAUCCAGGCUAGUCAAUUCGAGGACCUCUUUGAAUCACGACUGCGCGAUUACGACGUCGAUCUAGAUAUGGUUGCGCAGGAGAUGCACGAUCAGGAUCAGAUCGUCGCGCAGGUGCGGGACGCGAAUCGUGCGUUUACGCGCGCCCAUACGGGUGAUGCUUCUACAAAGGAGCGUGAGAAGGCGCUCCAGGAGCUGGAGAACGGGUACCUGAAGUAUAAGGAGAUCAUUUCAAAUAUCGAAGUCGGACGGAAGUUCUAUAAUGAUCUCGCGAAGAUCGUGGGGCGGUUCAGGGAUGAUGUCAAGGCGUUUGUGCAUAAGAGGCGUAUGGAGGCUAGUCAGCUUGAGCAGGACAUAUCCAGCGUCGCCGCAAUGGCAUCCCUGAAUAUCUCGCCUAUCAGGCAACCACCCCAGCAAACGGUAGUUUCAGCCCCAGUUUCAGUCUCUGCCGCGGCGUCAGUUCCAGCGCCGACACAUUUUAAUCCAGUCAAACCCCAACCUCAACCUCCGUCGCAGGCAAUCCCACCACAGUCACAACCACAACCGCAACCGCAACCCCUGCGGACACCUCUAACAGCGCCCCAGCCAACACGCAGCGUUCCGCAAGUGACGCCAGGGAUGUGGUCCCCUGAAAUGGGAAUACGCUUUGGGCCGGGGGGUACGACGGCCCAGCAGUCUCAGCAAACGUGGGAUCCGUCGAAGGGGAUGAAGUUCUCAUGAACCUUAAUACGCUACUAAACAUAUGCUUUGAUGUAACUAAUGGUGUUAGACCAGUACAUACUUGCAUACAUACACGCACA